AAAACAGAAGCUAGGUUCUAAUUUAAUCUAUAAAGGAGAGGUCACGGAUUUCGGGUUACCGAUUUCAAUGAAGUUUUUUUUGGUGAAUACAAACUGAAAAUCAUUUGAGUCGUGUUCCAGCGUUUGUGCAAAUGGGCAUUAUUUAUAAAGAUAUUUAACGUUUAAAUCAUCGGACCAGACGUUGCGUAUAGAUAUCGAAAACAAGAAACAACUUCUACGAUAUUGGAGAAUAGCUACGUGGAUAACGUGUUGGGAUACGAAUACGGAGGUCGUGGGUUAGAUUCUUAAGGAACAAGCUGAUAAGGAAUUAAAUUUCUAGAAAAUUCAACGCGUUAUCCACGUAGCCGUUCCAAUAUCGUAGACGUUGUUUCUUGUUUUCAUAAAUAUAAUGUAGGAUCGAUAAAAAAGAAAUUUCAUCGAAAUCGGUGACCCAAAAUCCAUCACCUCUCCUUGCAAAUCUUCGACGUAGAAGCCGAAGACGAAAUAACCCGAGAUGCAUAUGGUGGAGGAAUACGUGAACGCGAGCAAGUUCCAAUACAAGGACGCGCUCGAUGUGAUCGAAGAAUUCGGGAAAGAGAUCUCCGAGAUGAGAGGCAGGUGCAUAGACAUCGGUUGCGGGCCUGGGAACGUCACCAAGACUCUGCUGUUGCCGAGGCUGGCAGCGGAAGCCGAGCUCGUUGGAGCGGAUAUAUCGAAGGAGAUGGUCGAGUACGCGAGAGAGAAGUGCAGCGACGAGAAGCGGCUGUCGUUUAUCUGUCUGGAUGUUCAGACUGGGGAUCUGCCUAACGAGCUGGUGGCCCAGUUCAGCAACGCGUUCUCCUUCUUCUGUCUUCACUGGUGCGAGAAUCCAUGGAGGACUUUCGGGAACAUAUGGAAGAUGCUGCGACCCGGAGGCACUGCUCUGACCAUGUUUCUGGCUCGCAACGACGGCUUCGACGUCUACAUGGACGUGUACGAAAAUCCGCUCUACCGACCAUUUAUGCAGGACGUGGACCGUUACGUGCCUUACUAUCACAGGUGCAAGGAUCAAAGAUCCUCCCUGAGGAAGGUGCUGGAGGACACAGGAUUCGACGUUCUGCACUGCAGCAAGAGGCAGAAGAGCUACGUUUACCAAAACAAACUGGCGCUAAAGAAACACGUCGCAGCCGUGAACCCGUUUGUCAAUCGGUUCCCGGAGGAACUUCGCGACGAUUUUAUGGAGGAGAUAUCCCAGGGAAUCGUGAAGCAAAAAAUUCUCUUCAAAAAUCAAGAGGAUUGCUCGGAUCAGGAGAAUAAAAUCUUGGACAUCUACGACAUCUUAGUUGCGUAUGUCAGGAAACCUUUGGGCUCGUGAAAUUGGGCUCGCAUUUGUCUGGCGUUCGUUGAAACGUUGUUGCUGCUGCACUGCUGUACCUAAAAUUGUUAAUAAAAAUUCACUGCGAAAUUA